AGCUUCAGUCUUCACUGUUCCUGCAGGAUUCGCUGCAUUCUGUUAACCCAUCACCAAUGGAAAGGUUAAUUCAGUUUCUGCUUUUCUUAGGAUUCUGGACGUUCAUACAGAGCAACUCAAAUAAAUUUGUUCUCAUCCAGGAGAAUAAGACCUGGGCCGAUGCACUAGCUUACUGCAAAAAGUAUCACAUCGACUUGGCCACGGUUGCAAGCAAUGAAGAUCAGACAAGUGUACGAGAAGCGGUUAGCACUGCGCUGCCUCCAUUGGCCUGGAUUGGAAUGUACAGAAACAAUAACACUUGGGGGUGGACUUAUCAUUUAGAGGUAGUGACAAUAGGGUUCUGGAAGUCUGGAAAGCCAGACAACCCCAGUGGAAAAGAGAAUUGUGGUGUCAUCAAUGGCAGUAGUGGAUGGGAGGAUAUGGCAUGCGAUCAAUUGUUUCCAUUUUUUUGCUACAAUGAGAGCAUAGCAGACAAGUUUGUUUUAAUCCCUGAAAUCAAGUCAUGGAAUGAUGCUUGGGUUUACUGCCUACAGUAUCACACAGACCUGGCCAGGAUUUGGAAUCAAACUGAAAAUGAUCUGCUGGUGAAUAUGAUGGUAGGAUAUGAAAAAGCAUGGAUUGGUCUCUUUAAGGACAAGUGGAAGUGGUCAGAUGGAACAAGUUUCAACAAGUUCCCCAUAACCUGGAGAGCUGGACAACCUGACAUUACUGGCUCACACCCGCUUUGUGGCGCUACAGCUCUUGAUGGAGUCGAUGAUCGACUCUGCCCAGAGACCCUUCCAUUUAUCUGCUCACGUCAUUCAAAGAAUCAGAUCAUGAGAGUGGAGUUGAAAUCGAGUCAGAAUCUAAAUGACCCUGCGGUGAUGGAGAGAAUCUUACAGUUGGAUUUGCUGCAUUUUGUUAACCCAUCACCAAUGGAAAGGUUGAUUCAGAUUCUGCUUUUCUCAGGAUUUUGGACGUUCACACAAAGCAACUCAAAUGAAUAUAUUCUCAUCCAGGAGAAAAAGACCUGGGCCGCAGCACAAGUUUACUGCAGAAAAAAUCACAUCGACUUGGCCACGGUUGUAAGCAAUGAAGACCAGACAAGUGUUCGAGUAGCGGUUAGCGCUGCGAUGCCUCCAUUGGCCUGGAUUGGAUUGUUCAGAUACAAUAACAGUUGGUAUUGGACUUAUCAUCAAGAGAUAUUGACAUUCAGGUUGUGGAUGUCUGGAGAGCCAGACAACUCCAAUGGAAAAGAGGAUUGUGCUGUCAUCAGUGCCAGUGGAUGGGAGGAUAUCGCAUGCAAUCAAUUGUUUCCAUUUUUUUGCUACAGUGUCAACCUGCUGUAG